AUAAAUCAAGGCUUGGCUGGGAGAUCGCGUUUUAUUGCGGUAUUUAAUGGGCAAAUAGAGGGCGUGCAUAUCGCUCUUACUCAAUUACUCUGCGCAGAGAGAUUCGUUGCUAUUUUUGGCACACUGCGGAAUCCUCUCAGAGCUUACAAACGGCAAGCACAAACAUAAAAUAGCAGCCUGUAGUAGUAGCAUGUCGAUUUUUUGUCGCAUUGAAGUUAUAGUUUCCCGUAUAUAGCGUUGUCGUUAAGGAUGAAUUGUUGAAAAGAUCAGGUGCCUUUCUUUAUCUUUCAAGAACACUUCGAUAAUACCGAUAAGAAAAUUGGCACAUAGCUUUGAUCACUGCCAUUAGAACAAUACCUUUCAUAUUAGUUUUGGCUACGGUUGGGAGCAGUAAAAAAUCUUCAAGAUUCAUUUCAGCAACUGAAGCUUAUUCGAAUUGUACAAGUUUUAAAGUAAAUGAUGUGGAAGAAGGCUACGGUAGUGUUGUUAAUUGCGUGCGUUUUGUUGCAGCAAGUGUCAGCGUCGCCCAGAGCCGCGCGACAUAGCGACGAAAGCUCACGUUCGUCAUCAUCCUCAUCAUCAUCAGAAUCUUCUGAAGAGUCACAGAAGGGAAGAAACAAGCGUUCGUCUGACGAUGGCAGCAGUGACAGUAGCUCUAGUUCCAGUGACUCUGUUGAAGAUCACAAGGCGAAAUUUGAAAAAUUGUUCAACGAUUUUGCAGACAAAUACUACGAUUUUGUGAAAUCUGUAAACGAUAAACGAAAAUCUGUAGCCAAAAGAUUUAAUGAAAACAGAUUAGUUUCGAAACUUGAAAUUGUAGCUGUGGAAGAACUUAAAAUGAAACUUUCAACAAAGAUUGGCGCUGACGACGUAUUCAAGAAUAUCGAGAACUCAGAGGACGCAGCUUUGAUAUCGCGUUACUUCAAAAACAGCAUCGUGGCGAUAACCGAAUUAAGCGACUUGAUAUUGAAAUAUUAUACCGAUAAUUUGAAAAAACCGAGUGCUGAAGAAAUACUAAUACAGGAAGCGCUCGAGCAGUGCGAUGCUUAUGAAUUGCUCGAAAAAGUACAGAAAAGUUUCGAAGAUUUCUCUAAAUCAUUCGGCGAAAAGGUACGCGAUUAUGUGAAACAUUUAACGAAAACGGAGAAAACUCAGGAGACUAAAAUUGUAAAAUGGUAUGAUGAAUUCAAGUCAACCGAUGGUUUCAGCGAUGAAGUUAUUAAACUCUCCGAAUUUUUUUCUAUCAACUAAACAAAUUUGUAAAAUAUAUGUACAUAUGUAUGGUAUGUGAUGAAUUUAGAAAUAAAUAUUAAAACAAUUGAAGUAUGUACUGAAAUAGCAAAUA